CCCUACACUUUCUGUCUCCCCCCUCCCCUCCCCACCUCCUGCUGUUCCCUCCCACUCCGACCAGCCGUCUGAAAGGUUGCCGGAGAUCACCUACCAAACACUACUUCAGAACUCUGUGCACUGGACCGGCGACCCGGGAUAAGGAACGGGGGCUCAUCUUGAUUUGCAGUGCCUGCCAGGAGGGGGAACCUGUUUGUGGAUUAUUAUCCCCUUAUAAUGAUGCUGCCGCCCUGCUGAUCCAGAGUGUGAGCGCUGGAGGCAGAGAGAGAGAGAGAGAGAGAGAGACUCCUCCAGUGAAACUGACUCACCGGCCAGAGCUUGAUGGUGGUAAUAAUCUGAACAAAUCAGACCCAAGACAAGGCCCACAUGGAAUUCCGACUGGGAUUUAGGAUCACCCUGGUCUGCUUCGUCCUGGCUUUUUCUCUUUCCCGGGAAAGAGUGGAUGCACAAAGGGCAGGUUGUAAGAAUGUCCACUACGACCUGGCGUUUAUUCUGGAUACCUCAUACAGUGUGGGAAAGGAAAAUUUUGAGAAAAUUAGGCAAUGGGUAGCCAACUUGGUGGAGUCUUUUGACGUAGCGCCCGACAAGACGAGAGUGGCAGUGGUUCGCUACAGUGACAGGUCGACCCCGGAGUUCACCCUGGGGCGAUACAGGACCCUGGAAGACGUGAAGCGAGCUGCCCGUAACAUGCGCUACCUCGGGGGGAACACCAUGACCGGGGACGCUAUCAGCUACACCACCACCAACAUCUUCACGGAGCGGAACGGCGCGAGGCCGGCUGAGAGCGGCUUUCAGAAGGUGGCCAUCUUGCUAACGGACGGCCGAAGUCAGGAUUACGUUCUGGAACCUUCCAAGGCGGCCGCCAGAGCUGGCAUCCGGAUGUUCGCCGUGGGCAUCGGGGAGGCUCAGAAGGAAGAGCUGGAGGAAAUCGCGGCAGAGCCUAAAAAUGCCCACGUCUUUCACGUGACCGACUUCAACGCCAUUGAUAAAAUCCGAGGCAGGCUGAGGAGGAGGCUGUGCGAAAAUGUCCUGUGUCCAAAGAUGAAGGUUCAACCUGAUCGCUUCAAGCCCAACAGCACCAGUUAUGGUCUUGAAGAGGUUCCAGGGUUUGACCUGAUGGAGUACUUCAACGUGAAAGACAUCCUGGGGACCAGAGUCGACGAAGGCCAGAGUUCAUAUGUUCGUCUCGGGACGAUGCCAAUAGUCCAGCAAACAGAGGAUGUGUUUGCUCAGGGUUUACCAGAUGAAUACGCCUUUGUGACAACCUUCAAAUUCAGAAAAACUUCAAGACGGGAAGACUGGUACCUCUGGCAGAUUUUUGACAAAUAUGGAAUUCCACAGGUGUCCAUCCGUCUGGACGGUGAGAACAAAGCCGUGGAGUACAACGCAGUUGGGUUGACGAAAGACGCCGUCAGAGCUGUGUUCAAGAAUCCCGAAGUCGACAACCUUUUCGACCGCAACUGGCACAAGAUCGGCCUCAGCGUGGAGGCAAAGUCUGUCGCCCUGUACCUGGACUGCAAACACAUCCAGACUCUGCCAAUCGAAGACCGGGAAGACAUAGACAUUCAGGGGAAGACGGUGAUUGGCAAGAGACUGUAUGACAGCGUUCCCAUAGACUUUGACCUCCAAAGGAUGAUGAUUUACUGUGAUUCCAAACAAGCAGAACUGGAAACCUGCUGUGAUCUGCCCACCGGGCCGUGCCCUAAAAAGGUUGUGACCGAGGCCCCCCCUGUGUGGAUCCCCACACCGACACCUACUAGUGCAGAGCAGCAAAGAGGUCCUCAGGCAAACUGCUCCUGCCCUCCGGGGGCCAAGGGAGCCGUUGGAGUGCGCGGUCUUCCUGGUCUAAAGGGUGACAAGGGUGACUUUGGCCCUAAGGGUGCCAUCGGGCCGCCGGGCAUCAAAGGGGAAAGAGGAGAAUCUGGCAAACUAUCCUCUGUCAGAGGUGACAGAGGGGAGAAGGGUGAUAGAGGCUCUAUAGGGUUAACAGGUUCUCCUGGACAAAAGGGAGAGAAGGGCACAGGUGGUGUUCCUGGUAUUGAUGGUCUAACUGGUGACAAAGGGGACAAAGGCGAAGCAGGCAGGGCCGGUGCUGCAGGGUUAGCGGGUCCAGCCGGGCAGAAGGGAAUCCAAGGAGAUGCAGGAAUUCCAGGUGCGCCCGGACCGAAAGGCGUCUCUGGAGAUUCUGGUGUUAAAGGAGAAAAAGGAACUCCAGGAGCUGGUGGUCUUCCGGGUGUAGACGGAUUGCCAGGAAAAUCCGGACUACCUGGAAAAGAUGGUCUGAGAGGACUGACUGGAGCACCUGGACCAAACGGAAUCAAAGGCAACAAGGGGGAGAGAGGACUUCCUGGAUUACCUGGGGAUGUGGCGCAACAAGAAGGCCUCCGAGGUGAAAGGGGAGAGCCUGGACCUGCUGGGCCUCCUGGAGCAGACGGUCGACCAGGACCAGCUGGUCCUGCUGGUCCACCGGGUCUGCCUGGUGAGCACGGCGAUCCUGGCCAAAUGGGAAAGAAAGGUGAAAAUGGACUGCCGGGAAUUGACGGCCUUCCUGGACCUCCAGGUCCGCUCGGUCCGCCGGGUCCACCGGGGGGACUGGGACACAUGGGACAGCCUGGUCUACCUGGUGAACUAGGAUUUCCGGGUAAACCAGGAGAGCCAGGAAAACCUGGAAUGCCUGGGAAGGAUGGCCUGGAUGGUCUUGCUGGCACUGAUGGCUCUGUGGGGCCCAGAGGAGAACGGGGAGCAGACGGUUUUCCUGGAAAGCCUGGACCUAAGGGUGAUGAAGGGCCUCCUGGACCAAGAGGUCCUCCAGGGGAGAGGGGAGAAGCUGGGGCCCCCGGUCAACCAGGUGCUGAUGGAGCACGAGGAGACAGAGGGACUCCGGGAGAAAGAGGAACAGAGGGACCAUUUGGGCCAAAAGGUGAAAAGGGUGACAAGGGUGAAGUUGGACAACGGGGACUCCCUGGAGUUCCAGGAAACGUCGCUAAUGUCAUCCCAGAGCCUGGCGAGCCGGGGAAGCCGGGAGAGAAGGGGGAGAAAGGGGACCAAGGAAAACCAGGAGAAUUGGGUCCAAGAGGCUUACCUGGAGAACAAGGUUUCCAAGGACAACUAGGACCAACUGGUCCAAAGGGUGACACCGGACUCACAGGGGAGAUUGGCCGUGUAGGAGACCCUGGUCCACCUGGUGCGGCAGGAUCCCAGGGACCACGCGGUGCACCAGGAAGUGUGGGUAUUCCAGGCAUCAUUGGGCCUCCGGGUCCAGCCGGACAGAGGGGAGAUAAGGGAGAGCAAGGUAAACCAGGACAAUCUGGUUCCCGAGGCCCACCAGGAGAGCCUGGUAUCAUCGGACCUCCUGGAGCACCUGGGAAGGGCAAAGAUGGCCAAAACGGAGAGCCGGGACCACCAGGGAAUCAAGGACUACCUGGAGUCAAGGGCCCACCUGGGCAACGCGGACCCCCUGGAUUACCUGGGGACAGGGGCUCUCCAGGGGAAGGGAAAGAGGGACCUCCGGGGCCUCCAGGGAAAAAUGGGGAACCAGGAUCUGCGGGGUUGAGAGGCCAACCAGGAGUUGCAGGUGCUCAAGGUCCAGCAGGGCACAAUGGUUUACCAGGAAGGCCAGGAGAAAAGGGAUCUCAAGGAGAGCCUGGAAAAUCAGCAGAUCUAUCCGACUUAAAUCUGAAGGAUAUUUGCUCAGACUGCCCCGCAGGUCCACCCGGACCGCCCGGACUACCAGGAGUCCCAGGAGAUAAAGGACACCAGGGACCUCCUGGAAAAAAUGGCCAAGAUGGAUAUACGGGGCCCCCUGGACCAUCCGGACCUCAGGGGCCUCCUGGAGGUGAUGGCGUGAAGGGCAUAAAAGGGGAUCAAGGACCUCCUGGAGGUCCUGGAGACAAAGGAGAAAAGGGCCAUCCAGGACCGCCAGGCCAUCCAGGUCCUGCAGGAUUAAUGGGUGCUCCUGGUAACGACGGCCAACCUGGCCAAGUUGGACCCCCAGGCCCCCCUGGAGAAAAGGGCAAAGAGGGACUCAAAGGAAUCCAAGGACCACCGGGUCUUCCUGGCUUGAUAGGUCAGCCUGGAAAAAUGGGAAAAGAUGGCAGACCAGGUGAAUCAGGAGAACCUGGGAAACAAGGUGAACCUGGACCUCCAGGAAACCCUGGAGUCCGGGGACUCCCUGGCUUCAAGGGCCACAGAGGAGAGCCUGGACCUCCAGGAGAAAAGGGAGAGGAUGGGAAACCCGGGUCGGCAGGACGUGACGGCAAACCGGGAAAGGAGGGCCCCAAAGGGCCUCCUGGCCCCGAGGGACUUCUUGGACCAAGAGGAGAGCCGGGUAAGCCGGGCGAGCCGGGACCGUCUGGAAAAUCAGGACUCCCUGGAACGCCGGGUCAGAGAGGAGACAAGGGAGAACCAGGUAACCCCGGGUUACCAGGUUUCAGCGGGCCCAAAGGACCUGCGGGUCCACCGGGUCCCAUUGGCCCUGAAGGAAAACAGGGAAUGCCAGGUCGACUUGGAGAUCGAGGCCUUAGAGGAGAUAAGGGAGACCCCGGUACAAAAGGAGAAAAAGGACAGACUGGAGAUCCUGGCAUGCCUGGAAAUCCCGGUCACCCAGGUAGAAAGGGCCACACAGGGAUAAUGGGAAUGUCAGGACCACCAGGUGAAAUCGGAGCCCCGGGGCCUCAGGGACCUUCAGGAAACCCUGGUCUCCCAGGACCCAGAGGCGAGUCAGUGUCACUGGAGCAGAUGAGGAGACUUGUCCAGGAGGAGCUGGCCAAACAAUUAGAAGCCAAAAUGGCUUACCUCAUGGCUCAGAUCCAGCCCGCACAUGUGAAGAGCACAGCGGGACGUCCUGGACCUCCAGGCCCUCCAGGUAAAGAAGGUAGCCCUGGACGACAAGGUUCACCUGGAGAGCCAGGUAUACCUGGACAAAAUGGUGGAGAAGGACCCAGGGGACCCAUGGGUCCUAAGGGUGAUAAAGGAGCAAGAGGAGAGAAAGGAGAACCUGGUGUCGGUGAGAGAGGGGAGCAGGGCCCUGUCGGCCCCAUAGGUCCAGCCGGUCUACCGGGAUACGGCAAAGACGGAAGCCCUGGUCAGGCUGGAGCUCAGGGAGAGCCAGGAAACCCCGGGCCACACGGUCAACCUGGACCUCCGGGGCCCCCCGGCCAAUGCGACCCCAGCCAAUGUGCCUACUACGCCAGCCUGGCCCAGAGACCCCACACCAAAAACAUAAAGGGGUAACAAGGAGAUGAAGACUCACAGAAUGUGACUGAACUUAUGAACUUUGUUCAGUCAUAUGAAAUCAAGAACAUUUUAUUUUUCCAUUCAAAUCAACCUCGCUACAGAGGACUGAAGCAACAGGUGCUGCCGGUCAGAUUCUUCAUUUCCUUCAGGCUUUGGGAUUGGAAAGGGAGGAGGGGCAACAUGGAACACUUCAAAUCAGGGGCAAAGAGGGCAACUAACCAAUUUUUUCUCUCUCUCUGUAACAUAUAGGGGACGAUAAAGUUGACGCUUCACGCUUUUUUUCAGGGUUUUUCUGUCCGCAGCCCACGCUACGCCGCGUCACUCACUGCUUGCUAUGUAUAUCUCUUGCCAUGGGUCUUCCACCAGUCAGAUGGUGCUUACUCAGACAUGGAAGUUCUGUCUCUUUCUGCUGCUGAAGGUGGGUGCAGACGGUAUGAAGCAAACACCAGAAGCAAUCGUGCGUGGGCGGAGAGUGACUUGUACGCUCCUCGUCUCGAUGCCAGCAGCAGCGUUAUUAAGUCUCCUCGUGUGUAUUCUAGAAACCUUCACAGCUGCACAUACAGCCAUUUGAUCGGAAUGAUUGUGUUUUACUUUUACUCGCCCUAGAAGUGUCUGUUGACCUGUCUGGCAUGCAGAUUUAUGGAGGUGUUUGCUUUUCUUAAAAGGUUUCUUGACUCACGUUCCCCGUUUCUCAAUCUGUGGGCUGUGGGUGAGUUUAGCUGAAACCUAUCAGGUGUCUCAACUUGGUGCUUUGAUUACUCAGAAUUCAGAAUUCAAGAGCUGUUUCACUUUUUAAUGUCUUUAGUGAAAACUCAAUUUCCCUCAAGCCUUGCUCCAGUAGUUUGAAGAAACACUUUUGCCGUAAGAGCUUUCUGCUCCCGGCCAACAUCUCAUUUAAAACGUAAUGAAUAGUUUUAGCAAAAUGACUCAUUGCGCGUCACACCUUUUGAAUAUAUGUAAAUCUAGCCUGAGAUGUAAAGAAGUAGAGACUUAAGAAUGUAAAAACGCAGCUCCGAGGCCCCCGGAUUUCACAGGAUACGUAUGCAGUCUGGUGUUACAUUGCAACUUUUCCUGACGAUGGCAGCAGAAGUGAUAUAGCAUGUUUCUGAAGUGUCCCUCUAAGCUAAAAAUAUGCCACACAUGGGAACAAGAAUCUGAGGAUUUUUGAAAUGAAACACCAUUAGCAGUACAUUCCAUCACUGCAUCAGUACAACCUGGAAACAUUAACCUGCCAAUUAACCGUUCAGAAUCUCCCUCCUUUGCAUUUUGAGUGGUUUGGUAGAGCAGAACAGAAGGUGCUAUGUGACACCACAGAUGUCAAUGCAUAAAAAUGUUCCCAAACUUUUUUUUGAGAGAGGAAGUGGCUGAACUGUAUGUCACACAGAAAAGUGUGAUUUUUGCCUGACUGGAUGUUGUGCAUGCAGUUGGGCUAACUGAAUGCCCAGCCUAUGAAAUGCUGCCAGACUCAAAUGACAUGUCAGAAAGGAAACACACACAUAUACAAACACACGCACACACAGUCAAGUUUCUGUGUCUUGUGGGGCCUUUACAUUGACUUCUAUUCAUUUUCUACAGCCUAACCCUAACCCUAACCCCUAACACAAAAACAGCCAGGACUGAAUAAACUGUUUGUCUCUGUUUAUUCAGUCAAAGUUAAUUGUUAACCUUGACUGAAUAAACUGAGUUUAAAUGUUAGUCAUCUUUUAAAUACUGAAUUGUUCCAAAAUAGGAAUAAAUGAGGCAAGAAAUGUCAGUCUUACUUCACCAACUUACUUUGUACAGUUUUCCUUUUAAUUUGUAUCCUAACGAAACUACCGUUAUCUUGCCAGUUUUAAAAAGUGAUUCUCAUGUUUCUGUAUUUUCUCCAUAUGGUUUCUUCUGCAAUGAAAGCUAGGUGGCUAGCCAAAUACCAAAGUUUGAUCCAAAAACAUUUUACUCUCAAAGGCUUCAUCAAACAUUUAUUCUUUCAUUUUUAUAAGCUUUUCUUAACAAGGUUUGGAGUUCAGCUAGCUCACAGUAUUAGCUUGCUUUAAACCUACUACUGCACCAGGCUAAGGUAGCAGGUUUAGCUUCCUUAGCAAACUAUCAUAGUUUGUUAACCUAAGCAAACUAUGAUACCAAGAUUUAUCUUUGUCUUUACAUUUUAAUGGUUAGUUUCAUUUGAUGUUUUUUUUUUAAACUAAUAAAUGAGAUUGAUGUUGCCUUCAGAGUAGCUCAUGGAUAGCAGCUGUAAAUGCUAGCUAGCUGAUGUGGAUAAAGUCUUUCUUCUAUGAAAGGUAAUAAAGAUGUUUUAAAUAUAGAAGUCAGACAUACAGUAGAUGAGUUUGCAGUGACUUGCUAUUUCAAUUAGAUAUCAACAGCUGCUUCUCUGUCUACUGUUUACAGAGAAGCAGCUGUAAACAGUAGAAAACCAAAAAGUAUUACCACUUUCUAGAUGCUAACAUCGGCAUUUCUCAAAAGCAAAACUUUAAGUUAUACUGUUAAAUUAUUCCUAAUUUGGACAAAUAUAUUUUUGUGUUCUACUGCAUUACAUUUUCCCAUUCUCCUUAUAAACUGGUGCUAAGAUAUUUUGAAAUAGUAGCAUAAUGUAAUUAUCAGAAGACAGCUGUAAACUGUACUGUAGUGUAUAAUAAAGACUGGAACAUAAUUCAUUUUGUAA